UUUGCAGUAUUCGCGAACUAUUUGGUGAAGCAGAACAUGUAUUUUGUUGCGUUUCUUCUCAUCCUACCAGGUGUUGCUAUUGCGCAAAGUUUGGUACUCAUAGGUGGAAAUCUAAAGGACGACAAUGCUGGCAUUUGGACAACAAUGGUUGAAAAAGCUGGAGGGCCAGGUAUAGCUAAUAUUGGAGUAAUUUUGGCGUCCCCAAAAAAUGGCGCGGAAGGCGCUAAAGCCGUUGAUAACUUCGUCCGGAUAUAUGGAGCUAAAGCAGCUUCCAUCAUCUCCUUGGAAAAGGCUGAUUCUUCAUCUCAAGAGGUAGCCGAUCGAGUAAGGAGCUACACAGGCAUUUUUUUGGUCGAUGACUCGGAGAAAUCGAAUUUGGUUAACGUACUCCGUCCUUCCGGGGUAGAUAGUUUGGUAUUGAAAGCCAUCAAAUCUGUCAUGAGCAACGGAGGAAUGGUAGCAGGAAACAGCGCAAUUAUGGGAAAUUCGGUGGUAACUCACAGUGGCGAUUCCAUAAAUGCCCUAGUACAGGGAACCAAAUAUCAAAGAUCUUUCUCGGGGAAACAGUUUCCACUCGCUUAUUGCAAACAUGGUGGAUUGGGCUUCUUAAAUAAUUACGUAUUGGAUAGCCAUUUCAGCGAUCAAGGACGGGAAAUGCGAUUGAUUCGUACGCUACUCGAUUCAAGGGAUCUGCCAUACAUUGGCACACCGAAAGGGCUUGGUGUUGAUGAAAAUACGGCUUUAGUAAUUUCUAAUCCGUUGUCUAAACCAGUCGGAAAAGUCAUUACUGCCGAAGUAUCAUUAAGUGGUGUAUUUUUCGUUGACGUGUCAACUGUGCCUGCCGAAUCUAGUUCUACAGCGACCUAUGAAAAAAUUCCAUUUUCUUUCUUUACUGUAAAUGAUACCAUCGAUCUUACUUCAGGAGAGGCCACUUAUGCAAGCUGGAAAAUCCCAAUAGCUGGCGAAGAGUGGUUCGAAGAUGCAAUUCCAUCUUCUGAUAUUUUUUCUGCUGAGACCCCAUCAGAGUGGCGUCAGACAAACCGACGUUUGAUUGACUGCAAAGAGGUCAACGUCACAUGCACAUCUUUGUCUUCUGUGGUUCCUCGUUUCCAGGUGUUUUUCGACCGGUUGGAAGCUAUCGGAUUUGGAGCAGAUAUCCCAAAUGAUCCAAAGAAAACCUACGUAGCUUCUUACCGUAAUAUGCUGGCUACCAUAAAACCUGUCGAAGCUUGAUCUAAUUAAUCAAAAAGAGAAAUCUGAAUAUUUACAUUUCGCAACAAUAGUUAGUGGGACAC